AUGAAACAUAUUACAAAAAAUGAGGAAUACCUCUGGGAUGGAGUAUCACAGACAUGCGUUUUAAGUUCUCUUUUCUUUCAUGAAGAAAAGCUUUUAGCAAAUACAUCAGACUUGAUCAAAGCUAUGUCAAUUGCAGCACCAACAUUCAACGAGACUCUUCAAAAAUGCUACUGGAGGAAUAAAUUUUACAAUUGUGGAGAGAUAUUUGAUAGUGUUUUAACUGACGAAGGAAUUUGCUUUUCAUUUAAUUCACUUAAAUCUGAACAUUAUCGGACAGAAUUGUACAACGCUCGCAAAAAAGAUUUUAUCGGUUUCGAAUUAAACAAUGUUAAAGAUUUAGAUUGGAAUUUAGAAAACGGUUUCAACCAACAAGCUGAUGAAAAGACUUUUCCUGUUCGUGUUAUUGGACCUGGAGACAAAGAAAGCCUUGUUGUAUCCUUAAGGGAUCGAAGAGAAGACGAAGAACAAUUAUGUAGAAAUUCUGUUCGUGGUUUCAAAGUAAUUCUUCAUACGCCAGGUGAAGAUCCACAAGUGUGGAAGAAUUUUAUUAAUGUUCCCUUAGAUCAAUCGGUUUCGUUAACAAUCAAACCGAAAAUUAUGACCUCUGAAGAUUUAAGACAUUAUUCCCCAGAAAGACGCCAAUGCUAUUAUCAGAAUGAACGGUAUUUGAGGUAUUUCAAAGUCUACACUCAGGCUAAUUGUGAGUCGGAAUGGCUGGCAAAUAUGACUCUAUCAGAAUGUGGAUGUGUCAAAUUUUCAAUGCCAAGAAAUUCAUCUCAUCCAAUUUGUGGAUAUCACAAACUUACAUGUGUUGAUUCGGUCAUGUACACAAGCAAAGAAUGGACAAUUAAUUAUGAAAAAUAUUUAAAUGCUUAUAAUUGUUUACCAACUUGUAUAAGUAUUGAAUACAAAGCCGAGCUCGAACAUCAAGUUCCAAUAAACUAUGCUCAGAUAGAGGAAUCAGAUGAGGGUUUUUCAAACAAGGACAAUUCAAGCUAUCGAGUAACUAAAAUUACAUUAAAAUUCAAAGAAGACAACUUUAAUGGCUUGAAGAGAUCCGAAUUGUAUAGUAUGUCAGAUUUUAUUGCAAAUUGUGGAGGAUUGCUGGGACUAUUUAUGGGUGUUUCGAUUUUGAGUUUGGUGGAAUUGGUAUACUUUUCGACAUUGAGAUUAUUGACGAAUUUGAAAAACAGAAGAAUAACACAACAGGAGAGGAACAAGAGAAAUACUUGGGCUGAUUCUGGUCACUUAAAUAUUUUGAAUGGACAGACAAAAAAUGUUAAACAUCGAUAUUCGCAAUAA